CAAAAAGUACGAUGUAGGCCUAGCCUAGCUGCUACUCGUCCGUAGGCUAAUGUUAUUAGUAAUUUAAUAUUUAAGAGUCAGAUAUGUUGCAUAAUUGACGUUUUGAUUGGUGAACAACAUGUUUAUUCAGUAUACUGGAUUGACAAAAGUCUGUAUUUUGCUUGUUUUCUACCAGCCAGCCGCAAGUACAUUCGACCCAAUGAUAGAUCCAUUUUCGCCUAUUUCUGGUGAUGCUCUAUCUUCAGCAACCUGCCCAGGACUGUACUGUGGACGAAUCACCUUCAAUGAAACAACAGCCAACAAUUUGACUUAUACAGAAUGUCAAGCUUGUCCAAAAGGUGAACGACCUGACCAGUACUCAGUCUGUCAGUCAUGUUUAGGUGAACCUGUCCUGUAUGCCUGGCUUUACCUGGGUUUUAUGUUCCUCCUCACACUUAUUCUGCAUUUUUUCUUUAUUGAUCACUUCUCAAAGGAAAUCAAUGUUUUUGCACUUCAUGUGUGCGCAUUACUUGAGUGCGUGGCAGCUGGCAUAUUCACAUUACUCUCUGUAGAAACUGUUGGUGAUCUCAGAAUCAAAUCAUGUGACGUUAAAAGGUUAUCAGAUUGGUACACUAUGUUCUUCAACCCAGUACCUGACUACAAAAACAAGAUUCACUGCACACAAGAAGCUGUUUAUCCACUGUACAGUAUGGUGUUCAUAUUCUUUGGCUAUCAGUGGGUGUUGAUGGUUCUAUUUCGACCGAUUCUGUCAGUAAAGUUUUGUAAAAACCAAGGUAGAAAUUCAAUAUAUGCUGCCCUCUACUUCUUGCCAAUUUUGGUCGUCAUUCACGCUGUAUGCGCAGGACUUAUCUAUUACUCAUUUCCUUUUCUAAUGAUUGUGAUUUCUCUCAUUACAAGUGCGAUGCACUUUCUAAAACAACAGGAAACUAGACUUUGGCACAUAUUUCGUGGAAAGAGGAACAUUUUGAUUUUAUUUCUCCAUUGGACGAUCCAUGCAUAUGGUAUUAUAUCAUUUACGGAGCUCGAGAAUCUCAAAGUUCAUCUUCCGUUACUGAUCCUCGUCGUUGUUCCAUCUGUUUUCUUUAUACUUACCUACAAGUUCUCAGAUCCUACUCGAAUUCUGUCCUUUCAACCAUGAAUUUUUGAAGAAUAGUAAUACAGAAGUUUUGUGAAAUGAAUGAAGAAAAUGUAUGAAGACGCAUUAUUUAUUACAAAAUUAUUAGAGCGUUGAAGUGGUACACUUGUUGGACAGUUGCAUAUCUGACAUGUUGAAUCCAAAUUUAUGUAUUUUAUUAACACUCUGACCGCCAGGGGUUUGAAAAUGUCUUCAACAACUGACCAAUUGAAAAUGUAGUAUCAGCCACCGCCAGAUAUUUUAGCAAAUUUUAACACUUUUCCGAAGCUCGUUGAGAGUGGGUAUGUGAUAAUGUGAUCAGCUUUGAUGGACCCUUUCUGAGUGUCAAACUCAACAACUGACCAAUUGAAAAUGUAGUAUCAGCCACCGCCAGACAUUUUAGCAAAUUUUAACACUUUUCUGAAGCUCGUUGAGAGUGCGCAUGGGAAUCGAUCGGUGGGGGA